UGUGGAGAGCUGGUCCCUGGCUUGUUGAGUAAAUGUUGAGCAGGCCUGCAGCUGACCUUCUCCACUGGUUCAGUUUUCCUGCACUUCUCCUGUAGCCCCUCAGGAGUUUGUGAGAAAGAAGAGCCUCCAGAGUCAGGACAGGAAGAAGCCAGGGGAGCUUGGCCAUGGAUUUUUCAUCACAAGUGAGCAUUCAGGAGGUGACCUGCCCCAUCUGCCAGGAGCUCUUCACAGAGCCCAUGAGCUUGGACUGUGGCCACAGCUUCUGCACAGCCUGCAUCACUGAAAACAGUGAAUCAGGGAGCCCCAUAGGAUUGGAAUGCUGCUGUCCGGUUUGCCAGAGCAGAUACCAGCCUUGGAAACUCCAGUUAAAUUGGGAGCUGGCGGACACAGUGGAGAAAUUCAGGGAGGUCAAUGGGAGUCCACACCAGCAAAGGAGGAGAGAUCUCUGUGAGCACCAUGGGGAAGAUUACUGUAUCUUCUGUAAGGACGAUGGGAAGCCUAUUUGCAGAUUGUGUGUCCAGGAGCACCAAGGUCACCAAAUGUCUCCCAUGGCAGAGGUGGUCAAGGAGUAUCAGGAGGAGCUCCAAGAAGCUCUGAAGAAGGUGAUGCAGGAACAGCAGGAAGCUGAGCAGUUGGAAGCUGACAUCAAUGAAGAGAGAACUACCUGGAAGAACUGUGUGCAGGCUGAGAGAGAGAGGAUUCUGCAGGGGUUUGAGGAAAUGAGAGGCAUCCUGGACAGAGAGGAGCAGAGGGAGCUGCAAAAGCUCGAGGAAGAUGAAGAGAAUGUGCUGGGCGACUUAACAGUGACUAUAGACCAGGUGGUUCAGCAGAAGCAGUAUGGGAACGAGCUCAACUCAGAGUUCCCACAUCACAGGUGUGAAUCACCUAUAGACAUGCAGCAGGAUGUGAUUGACGUCAUAACAAGGAGCGAGAUCUGGCCCUCGGAGAAGCCAAAAAUUGUUUCCAGGAAACCAAAGAGUACAUUCCGAGUUCCAGAUCUCAGUGGGAUGCUGCAGAAGUUUAAAGAGCUGACAGAAGUCCAAAGCUACUGGGUGGACUUGAUGCUGCAUCCACUCAACGAUCUUUCGAAUGUUGUCAUUUCUGCGGAUCAGAGAGAAGUGACAGCUGGGCAAAAUUCUAUGAUUAGUAAUGUAUAUCCACAUAAUCCAUGUAAUUUUUCUGCUUUUGACGUUGUGGGCAGCCAGAAUUUCUCCUCGGGGAAGUAUUACUGGGAAGUUGAUGUGUCUGGGAAGAUUGCCUGGAUCUUGGGGGUAUACGGUAAAACAAGUAACCUCAAUAAAAAGAAAAGCUCUGGGUUUGUUUUUAACCCAAAUGUAAAUAAUUCAAACACUUACUCCAGGUUCAGGCCUGAGAAUGGCUACUGGGUUAUAGGCUUACAGAAUGAGUCUGAGUACAAUGCCUUUGAGGACUCUCCCACCUCUGAUCCCAAGCUCUUGAUUCUUUCCAUGGCUGUUCCUCCCUGUCGAGUAGGGGUUUUCCUAGACUAUGAAGCAGGCACUGUCUCAUUUUUUAAUGUCACAAACCAUGGGUCGCUCAUCUACAAGUUCUCUAAGUGUCGCUUUUCUCAGGCUGUUUAUCCAUAUUUCAAUCCUUGGAACUGUCCGCGUCCCAUGACUCUGUGCCCGCCGGGCUCCUGAGCCCUCCCCACCCUCCCCCACUCCCGUGUAGCCCCCCUUGUCCUGGGGCCCACCUCCUGCCCCUGAGCCAGCUGCUCCAUUCAGGCCAUCUCUGCCUUGCUGUGUCCCUUCUUCAGAGCUUUUAGUCAUUUUGGGGAUUUGCAGUGUUUCUGAUUUAGGUUAGAAGGGAAGCUUAUUUACUCAUUUACCAUUUUCUGUAUUCUCAGUGAGAGGCAUCUAAUCUCUCCUAAAGACAGAGUAGUAUUGGUAUAACAUCUCUCCCAUCCCAUUUCUCCAUCUUUUUCUCUAUCACUGCUCUUAAAAGGCAUGAAGCUCCUGUCUCCACCAACCAUGAUCUCAGGACAAUCCACAAUCACCCCCCCCCGCACCCCUCACGAAGGGGUAUCUGAGUGUAUGUCUGCGUGUUGCCCCUCAUGCAGCAGCAGGCUGUUCUGAGAGUUGAGGGGAAAAAAACAAAAACAAAAGUAAUAUAUAUACCCAGAAUGAAAAUUUUAUGUUCAGGUUAUUUGAGUUCAGAUCCUGCCUCUUCUCAUAAAAGGUGUGUAACGAUGAAUAAUUUUGUUUCUUCUCAUAAAAUACAAAUCGUAACUUCAAGCUGCACCUAACUCU